GAAACGACGGCGUAAAGUUGAAGUCAUGCUUAAGAUCCGAAGUGGCUUUCGUUUAAGUUGAGUGAGAGAGACCCAACCCAACAAACACGCGAUUGAAAACCAUCACUUUUGCAGAUCCCCAAAUCACCUUCUAAAAAUGGAACCAAACUCCACCGUAAACAACGACGAGAUACAGCCACUCAAAGAUAAACCUUCGGCAGAGCAGCCAAAACAAGACACCAACGCCACCGCGGCCGCUGCCGGUGGCGGUGGAGGAUGGGGCUGGGGUUUCUCUCCGUUAUCUGUUCUUUCAGAUCUUCAGAAAGCUGCUGAAGAGAUCUCUCGCAAUGCCGCUGAGGUUGCUAAGACGGCUGCAAAUAGCAUCUCUGACUUGCAAAAGGAUUUUGAAGAUUCUGAAUCUUCUAAGGAGAGUCAUCCAGAAGCUUCUGAUAAAGAUCAAGAAAGUGAAGAUGAAGAUGAUAAGAAGCGGAAGGCUGCUCUCGAAAGACUCGAGAAAGCUAGCGAGGACACAUUUCUUGGCCAGGGUAUAAAGGCUAUUGACACUUCUGUGGAGAGUUUUGCUACUGGAGCUUGGCAAGCAUUGGGUAAUGCAUGGAAAGGGGGUUCCAGUUUUGUUCAGAAGCUAGAAGAUUCUAUACAGCAAGGUGGUUUACCUGCAGCGGGUUCUGUUCUAGAGACCGGAAGAGCUAUUACUGCUAAGGGCAUCGAAGUGCUUGAGUAUGUUGGAAAAGAAACUGUGGAUCUAUUAAUCACAGAAUCAGGCAUGGAAGUUGACAAAAAUGCUGGAGAAGGUGGAAACGGAACUGAAGUGGAUCAGUUGAUGGAGGAGGUCACUUUUGACAGAUGCUUUUAUAUCUAUGGAGGUCCAGAGCAGCUGGAGGAACUUGAAGCAUUAUCAAACCAUUAUGCACUGCUAUUUAAUCGAAGAAAAGCCAAACUGUCAACGGAAGAUAAAGCUGCAUACGAUGUAAAACUUAAAGAGGUUCAGCAAAUGCUGAUUUUAGACAACAAAGUAGAAGCAGAAAAGGGAAAGAAUGUACCUGAUAGCACUCAUGAUGAGAUCAAGAGUUUUCACAGUUCAAGCGUGAGCAAGGCUGCAGAAAUGGCUGCAGGCUUUGCAAAUGCCUUAGCAGGACUGUCCCCAAGUGACAUUGUUCAAAGAACUGGAGGCAGACUAGAUUCUCUUCACUCCGAGGGCAUUCAUAGACUUUCGGAAAUGUGCUGCAUCGCAGUCUCCCAACUUCUGAAUCUUGGGAAAUCAGUUAUACACAAUGCAAACAAAGCCCAAGAUGCUGCUGCUGCUGCUGCUGAUGAUGAGGAUAUUUUAAAUAUCGAUUGGCCCGAGGAUUCUAUUGAAAAAGCUAAAACAAUGAGAAUGAAAACACAAUCAAUGACUGGAUAUCUCGAGGCAGUUGCCAUCAGUUUUGUGACUGGCAUAUCAGAUGUAGCAGAAGCUUAUGCAGCAGCAAUCAAAUCUGCUACUGCCGAUUCUCCUGAAGUUGUACCUGAGAAGUCAAUUCAAGAUAAAGUCAACUCAUUUUCGGAGGAUCUACAUGUUAAUCGGACGACUGCUGUGGGUAAAAUUCAGGAUGGCUUACAUUUCUUGGCGUAUGUCAUUCUAACUACUUCAAUGCCAGCUGUUUAGGUAAUAAAAAAUUCUUGUGCUGUAUAUAGUUGUUGCUUUUAGCGUGGGAUUGCAAGUCUGAUUUUAUGAUCUACACAUGCCAGUUGUCCUUUAAAAGACGAUACCUUUUUAAAUCGUACUUCUCAUUUGAUUUGUAAGUUGUAUACAAUUUCAAAUCGUUGAACCAAUAGUUGCUAGUUGCUCGCAGUUUUUUGUUUA